CUCCUCUCCAACCUUCAUGCUUUUACCAUACCAUCCAUAUCAUGCCAUACCACUAUCAUAAUAUCCCCUUUUAUCAAAGCAUAAGGUUAUCAUGUCUUCUUCAUACCACAUCCCUGGUAUCCCCGUCAUCCCGAACGACCGUGCGGCCCGAAGGCGCAACGGACCUCCGUUCAACCCCUUCCCUCACAAGGUGAGCUUCAAGCCCACUGAGGUGAGUCGCUCCUCUCGUUCAGCCGGCCCUGCCUCUCGUUCCACUUCUGGUUCUUCUUCUGUUGCGCACAAUGUGUCUUUCUCUUCUGCUGGUUCGUCGUUUGUACGUAAUGCCGUUCGUUCCUCUAUCCCCAAGUCCACUCGUUCCACCUCUGUUAGUUCUUCUGUUGUGCGCAAUGAGUCUUUCUCUUCCGUCGGUUCUUCUGUCCUUCGUUCUGCUGUUCGUCCCUCUGGGAUCUCAAACACUCGUUCGGCUUCUGCCACUUCUUCUGUUGUACGUAAUCAGUCGUUCUCUGCUGCUGGCUCUUCUGUCGUUCUUCCUCGUGAGCGCACCGCUCUCUCGACUCGUGGCGUUACCACGUCCCUUCGUUCAACCGCCGCCUGCCUCCCUCGUUCGACAGAACCCGCGGCGGCAAUAGGUUCUCGUGCCACAGGCACAUCCACUCGUUCCGGCCCCUUCGAGUCGACUGGCUAUUUCCGCGGCAGCGCCAAAGCUGUCCUCGCUCUUCUCAACGCCAAGUACCCUGGACGAUUCGCGGGAUCUCGCGGUCCGCCUUCAGCCCCCGUGCUGAAAAGCGCCAUGAGAAAGCCCGGAACCAGCAAGUCCGAGAAGCGAGUCCAGUUUUCCGGCGGCCACGUCAAGAUAGUCGAUCGAUGGAUCGUUCCCGGUGUCGACACCUACCGAGACCAUACCCCAAGCUUGCUUGGCAAACUUGGUGGAUGGAAAGUCACUCCUUUACCGGCACCCGAUAACGACGGAGAGACCGACAAAUAUAUCGAAUACUGGUGUACCUCGCUCACCCAGUUACGCUCUCAUUCAGGUCGCCCCUGCGAACGGAGCUGCGCGUACUCCCAACUAGGUCAGGUUCAGCGAGAGCUGAACCGUCGCAACGGUAUUACCGACGACGACAACCCUCGAGACAUUCCUUCGAUGUACGUGUACAGACUCUGGAACCAGCGCCGAGAAAAACUGAGAUCGCGUGGAGGCUGGGCUCUCUGAGCCUACGCUGAAGUCGUGAUUCUCAGCGAAAACUCCCCCCAAAAAAAAAAAAAAAAUUAAAAACAAAAAAUCAUCCUAGAGAAUCUCGGACGAGAAGUCCAUUACAUUGUUGCACGCUCUUUUGGGUUUGGGUCUGGAUUUCUGUGCUUUUUCCC